GACGCGGGGACGCGCGGUCCGCCAUGGGCGCCGCGGCCAAAGCCCUGCAGGUGGCCGCGUUGCUGGGCGCGGGGGCCGCGGUGGGCUCUGCCCUCUUUGCUCUGGUGACCCCGGGAGAGCUGCGGAAGCAGACCAUGCUGAAGGAGAUGCCCGAGCAGGACGCGCGGCUGCAGGACGCGGCGAGCUGGAGGCAGCGGCUGGUGAUGGACGCGCUGCGCAAGGCCGCGGCCACGCCAGAGAACGUGGCCUACAAGGACCGCUGGGUGGCCGGCAGCCCCGGGAGGUCCGAGUGAGCCGGGCCGGCCCUCUGUCCGGCCUGGGGCGGCACGAAGGUCGGGGGUGAGGAACACGGAACUGAAGGAACCGUAAACGCUGUGUGCGGACAGACCCGGACCCGGACCCGGACCCGGACCCGGACGAACGCUCGGACACCCGGGCUGCCCCGCCUCGCCCCACGGGGGAAAAGCCGGGAGCCCCACGAGCGUGCAGACCACAUUCUCGAGACAACCAGGCCACGUGCCCUUCCACGUUCCCGCUUAGCUUUUCCUCUCAGGGCCAAUUCCACCGUUGGCGGCUCACCCCGACUUCCAGCUUUCUACUGGUUGAUUGGGUGUAAAGAUCUUGAGGACUUGGCUGCGCUGCCCAGCAUGGAACCCUGAUCUGACUCAGCCCUCGGGCUGAGCCACAGGUGCCCAGCUCAGGUGAUGUUCUUGAAGUCAGAACUAUUCAGCAGGGGCUGAGAAAAUGGCCUAGUGGCAAGAGUGCUUGACUCCCAUACUACAUGAAG